AGUAAGAAGAACAUCCCUAAACCAUUUGACAGCGAAAUCUCUUUUAUUGUGAAACGGCUUGGUUCGGUGACACACCGUAAAAAAGAAUGGAGAUUCAGACCAGCAAAAUACUUAAAAAGAGGUAAGAUAGCCAAAGCUGUAGCAGAUGGUGUCAGUAAAUACUACUAUUCAAAGUUGAGGCAGACACCAAUCCAAGAAAUCACAGCGGGGAACAUUACGAAAAGCCUCACUAAAGAUGUUUUAAGAAAAAUUUCAUCAGAAUUAAAGAAGAGUACAAGACUCCAUGAUGACAUAAUACUUGAGCUCGUGUUAACACAAAAACUGAUUAAAGAAACAAGCAUUAAUUCAAACUCCAAGGGAUAUUUCCAACAACUUCACAUUGACCCUUUUGCAGUGCAUUUACAAACAGACACUGGAUUACAGAUAUUGGCCCACCAUCUAAGAAAUUCAUCACCUGUUACCCCCCACCUUGAUGCCACAGGGAGUGUUGUACAAAAAAUACCUGGUCAGGAAAAAAAAAUUCUGUAUUAUGCUAUGGUUUUGCCAGGGAUGGGCAAGGACAAACCUCCUUUGCCCAUAACUGAGCUACUGACCAACAGCCAUACUGUUCCUUCCAUUUCACACUGGUUGAUGGAAUUCAACAGAAAACUGACCCACACUACCAAAAUCAAAAUAGCACAGAUAGAAACUGACUACAGCUGGGCUCUCAUUAAUAGUGUGCUACUAGCCUUUAACAAGGAGGAUAUUUCACAGUACCUACAUAGAGCGUUUGAGAUUGUGCAUGAACAUAAAGUUGUAAUGAAAAACUUCACAGUAUUGCACUUGUGCUCUGCCCAUAUUAUGAAGGCUGUUACACAAGCUUUUGGGAAAAAGACCCGUGAUCGAGGCUUAAAAGAGUAUGCAAGCUAUUGUUUUGCAUCCCUUUUAAACUGCAAUAACCUCCAACUUGCCAUGGAGGUGUUUUACAACAUGUGUGUACUAUUUGAUGCAAAACAUUGCAACCCCUUAGUACAAACAAGUCAAGCAUACCUCAACAGCUGUAUCUCCAACAACAAGUCAGAGAAAGAUGAAGAUGGCCAGCAUACAGCAGAAGCACAACACAGCAAAAGUGACAAAAGCAACAGCAUUAUUGCUAACUCACCAUUUACAAAGACUUUCCAAGUUUUACGGGACCAAGCUCAGGUUGACAUUCUGUCCGAGGAAUCAGAGAUCACAGAAAAUCAUUACUGCUGUCCUGGUAUAGUUGAUGUGCUUGUGAAGAACUGCAUGGGAAUCAUCCCACUGUGGAGCGGAAUGUUACUUGGCGACUUAACACGGUACAAAACACCCACAUCUGCUGCAACAAAUAAAACAAGCAAAUCAAGAGAAACAAACUGCCAUGUGGAGCUGUGGUUUGGCUUGGUAAAAAAGAACAUCUUGGCCAAAAAAAAGUACCUCAGACCAGCAGACUUCAUCACAAAAUUGUAUACAUCUUUACAAGGUCGGUAUGUUGAACAUGUUAUGCAGCAUGGUCUGCCAGACAAACUUCUGGACAAAACUGUCAGAGUUUUGACUAAACCGGCGGAUGAUCCCAAAGAAAAAUGGAACAAGAGGGAAAGUUCUGCUGGUCAGACAAAGACCAAAUCCAAGUAUUUCAAUCCCCCAAAGACAUUACCCAAUCCCAGAACUUCCAAAGGCACAAACAAACAAAUCACCAAAGCUGAUGAUGAUGAUAAUAAUAAAGAAUCACAGUUAACCUUGCUUUGGAAAAAGAGUGACACAGAAGUUGUAGUAGCAGUUGUUCCGUCACAGAUUAAAGGUCGGAGCAUUGUGAUUCAUCAUUCUGACUUGUGCACUCUUCGACCAUAUCAGUGGUUGACAGGGGAGAUCAUUGAAAGCCUUCUGCAUGUGGCUGCCCAUGCAUUGGGAGUCAUGGACACCUUCUACAUCCUGAAUCACUACUCAGCUGGUGUGAUUUUGUUCGGGGACAGAACUGAGCUUCCUAGACAAAGUUUACCAAAGGUAAACUUUGACAACUAUGAAGCAGUUCUGUCAUUUGUCCUUGUGAACAACAAUCACUGGAAGUUGCUGUACAUCAAUGCAGAAGCCAGAACUGUGUUCCUAAUAGAUCCUGCACAAGUAUCAUCUGAGCUUGUGGACUCCCAAAAGGCAGCUAAAAGAAUACAAGAAUACUUCAAAAUGAGAAGGACAUGCCAUGGAAAAACAGACUGGGUUGGGAUCCAAUGGAAAGGGGGGACAAUGCGCCACCCUAUUCAACAAGACGGAAGCAGCUGUGGAGUUAUUGUAGUCAAAAUGGCAAAAGCUUGGAUGGAAGCCUUCCCUCUGAUGCCAGAUGUAGAUUUUGACACAACAAAAAAGGCAAUGAAAAGUGAAAGAAGAACUCUCGCUCUUCAAAUCCUUGAUGCAUCAGUAUUCGAUGACCACUGUUGGUGUGCGAUGUGCGCUGCAUACAAAGCCCCGGGGUCUGGCCCUGGAAUGACAGACUGGAUCCAGUGUGACAACUGUGACCGAUGGUACCAUGCCCUGUGCAUGAAUAUGAAGAGCACAGAAUUUCAAAAGAAAAAAAAAGGCAGUUGGAAAUGUGUAUUGUGUAGUUAAUCUUGAAACUAGAAACUGUGUUCAUUAUUGUUCAAAAUACUUUUUGAAAAUAUCUGUGGAAAAUGAAAAUGUAAUAUGUUUGUUUGGCAUUGAUGCUAUGUGUGAUGUAUAAAGUGUACUCGAAUGAUUUCAAAGAGAUUUGAAGUCAUUUUAUGACGUAAUCUGAAAGCUAUUAAGCAACAAUCUUAAACUUUAAGGAAAAUAUUCCUAAGAAUUAUAAAAUAAAAACAUAAAACAUAAAUGACUGUGCCUCAUCUA